AUGCUCCAUACCACCAACCUUGUAAUGGUGAGGGAUGGUGGGAUCUUCCUGUUUGGAAUCCUGGGAAUACAGAGGACGGGGACAUCUCUCUGGUGGGUUCCUGGUAUUAGGUGGCUCCAUCAUAUCCUUGUGUUCUUCUGAAAAACUCCUCCAUCACUCCAUACUCCUCAUCCUCCUCUUUAUACUCUUCUUUAACAAUAUUAUCAUUUAUGAGGUUUCCACUCUGAAUCAAUAAUUGUCAUCAUCUACCUGAUGAUGGUGAGGGAUGGUGUGACCUUCCUGUGUGGAAUCCCGGGAAUACAGAGGACGGGGACAUCUCUCUGGUGGGUUCCCAUGACUGGAUCC